AAGAUGAUUUGAUUUCUCGUUUAGCCGCGUCGCCGGUAGAAAAUGGUUGUGCUUCAUUUUAUAAUAAUAGCAAUCAUUUUUGGACCUAUCGUAAGUAUUACUUAUCCAAAAGAGUUCCCGUUCCUGAAGACUCAGAUAAACGACGAGAAGCAUGCCACGGCUUUCAACAAGCUCCUCAAUUCCAUCGUCAAGAUCAACCGGAAACGACUGGACACGAUCAACAAGUUGACCAAAUUGCAGGCCAUGGAUGUAUACCCUUCGUUGCAAGACACACUAUUACGUACCUCGUCGCGUCGGGACAGGAUCGAGUCGAGCAGUGAGAGCGAUGAGAAGAACGUCAUCUAUUUAGUUAUACCAGACACAAAUUCAACACCCAACGUGUCACAUUACACCCAACCAGUCGAACCACCAGCACCAACAACCGAACAACCAAAACAACCACCAGUGAGAUCGCAACCAGACCCACGACCACAAAGCAUACCUACACUUGAAGAUUACUCCAAACUAAAAAGUCCAAACCCUACACCUAUUAAAUCUUCAAUACAAACUAUUAGUAAAGACGGUUUAGACGCUUUAAGGGUAAGUAUAGAACGAUCGUGUAAAAGCAGAGAGGUGAAGAAAUGUAGGAACGCGUGUAAAGCGGCCGUGAAGAGCGCGUGCGAUGUGUACGAGUGCAAAAAGAAGUUGAGGAAGAAAUUAAAGAAGACUUGUAAGAAGGAGUGUAAAGACGAGUUCAAAGGCGGGUGGUAAACUAUCAUCUCGUAAGAGCGUUUUCACCAAUAGUUGGUUUUUAUAGCAUUAGAAAUAAGG